CAUAGCCACUUAGAGCCAACGUCAGUCAUGUGGAACAUCCGCGCAACCGCUGAACCUGGCUUGUCGCGAAGCGCGUAACGUUUACGCAGUAUGUGGCAACCGCAAAUUCAUAAUUUACAUACUUAUAAUACCCAAUGCUUAUUCAUACAAUAGCUGAACUGCAAGAAACGUUCGUGUGGCCUGCUAACUGGACAUAAGCGUCGAAGGAAAAAUGCAUUCCGAGCGCUUUCGAGCGAGGUUCUGCUUUAGCUUGCCGCACUCUGAAGAUAGUACCAUAAUCAAAAUUUCGAGUUCAGAUGCAAGUAGAAUCCAUUUAGAAAGCAAGAGCGGGGUUUUAGCUUUAACAGAUAUCGCAAACGUAGCAUUUUAUCGACCAGGCUACUUGUUCUGUUACGUCGUUGAAGAGAACGGCACCUUCUCAACGGUUGAUAGUCAGGAAGUCGUCAAUUUGCAUGUCUGCUCAGGAUUUUCAACCCACUGCGACUUAGUAGAGGAUAAGGAAGUGUUCGUACUGCCGAAAAUAAAAUGCCAAGUAUUGCGGAAGAUAUCGCUGCUAGUUUACGACGCGGAGUUAUACGAUGAACUUGAGAAAGGAGAUGCUUUGCGAAAACUUUCAUUGCGGGAUCCACCGGUGGUUUGUCGGACGGGCAGUACGUUGCCCACAUUUGACAAAGGAUGUGCUGUCGUGGUCGGCUGUGAACCGACAAGGCAAGGGCUGCUCACGUCGGACACAAGGAUCCUCGUUAUCCACCACAAAGCUAUUGGCCCCACUGUCCCCUUGACUGCGUCGUCUUCUAGCGACUCCCUUCCUGACUACUUUGAACUUGUCCGCUACACUGGCCACAUCAUCCUUCCCGGGCAGCGCCGCCUCUCUUCCGCGACCCAGCAGGCCCCAUCCUCUCUCCUGCGCAGUUUAGCUGCAUCCCUCAGGAGAAGUACCUCCUUCCGCGUUCACAUUCUUCCGAAACUUCCGAGCGAAAAGUCAGACGAUGUUCUCAAUACCAUCUACCUGACCAAGUCCACCAUGGCUCUCCUUGGAUUGUCCAACGGCACCUGGACGUCAGCCGGAGUGCAGGAGAAACGUUGUCAUUCGGACGCUACAAAGAAAAGCGGCCGCAGAGUUAUCGUGAAAUCCUUAGAGUCCAUCAGGAUGAACGUGGGAGAGACAGACUUUGCAGCUCUUUUCGGCAGUCCGUCGGACGAAGUCGCUUUUGUUGGUCCACAGCUCUGGUUCCAUCUUAACGGGCAUCCUACAACGUUUCUCAGGCCAACAGCUAGACUCUGGGUGAGAGGCUGUACCGGCGAGGACGAUAUCCCGCCGUACGCGACGGAGUUUCACCUCGCCCUGGUUCAUAGUCCAAACUAUAACAUCCAACUGGACUACUCCACCCUCUUACAUCGUCACUUUGCCAUACCGAGAUACUUGUGCAAAGGAGACAUUAUCAGCAUCAGUGCUCAUGAUCCAAUUGACAGUGAUGAAUUAUUAGCUGCAAGCUUCACCGAAAGGACAUCCGUUACAUUCUUCAAAGUAACCCAGAUUGAAGGCCCUCCAACGGAAGCUGGGUAUCUUUGCAGUCGAGAGAACUCUCGUCUCUAUCAGGCAGGAACCACACGUUCUUAUAUCCCGGCAACAAUGGAAGCCUGCUAUUCGUCAUUGCCAGUGCAUCCCAUAUGGCAUUCACCUUUGCCUCCUUUCCUCGGCACCACCAUAGAGUGCCUGCAGACUAUGCUUUUGCCCUUCCUAUGCACUGCAAAUCAUCGCAGACGCAUUCAACCCCUACUGCUCUUGAGCGGAUCGCCAGGCUCGGGAAAGACGACGGUUGUCAAGGCACUGGGUCUGUGCUUAAGCGUCCACGUUUACCAGGUAAAUUGCGUGGACAUAGUAGGGGACACAGCGGCAGCGACUGAAGCUCGCAUGAAAGCUGCACUGCACAAAGCUAACUACUAUGCACCCUGCAUUGUUCACUUGAAGAACGUCAACGUUAUUGGCCAAGAGAAGGAACAGGGCGGCGUAGGAGAUCCGAGGAUCAUGUGCUCAUUCGCAGAAAUCGUGAGGUCCCUGAAUGGCGACGCUGAGGAUCUUCCUGUGGUCGUGAUUGGCACGACCUCCUCACCCGAUGACUUGAGCCAAGAUCUUGCGUCACUCUUUUUACAUACCGUCACAAUACCCUACCCUAAUGAAGAAAGGAGGUUAGAUAUCCUUGAUGCACUGUUGUCCUCCUGCCCAAAAUGCAGCACAAUAGAUAUUGCCUACUUUGCACAGAGAACAGCCGGCUUCGCUCUAGGAGACCUCUGUGCUCUGGUAAUACAAGCCAGCAUGGCAGCUUACCGAAGAUUUCAAACGACGGGAGAUGAAGCAAGUACUAGUUUGGCUGGCCUUCAAUUGUGCCAAGGUGAUCUGCUGCGUGCCCUGGAAGACAUCCACGCAGCACGCUCAGCGGGUGCCCCGCAGAUACCCGAGGUGACGUGGGAGGACGUUGGAGGUCUCGGCGAAGUGAAAAACACCCUUCUGGACACCUUACAGCUGCCUCUGCAGCACCCAAGGUUGCUUGAUGCUGGACUCAAGCGCUCGGGUAUCUUGCUUUACGGACCACCUGGGACAGGAAAGACGUUGCUGGCCAAGGCAGUGGCCACGGAGUGUGCUCUGAGCUUCCUGAGCGUCAAGGGUCCAGAGCUGAUAAACAUGUAUGUUGGCCAGAGUGAGGAAAAUGUACGAUCAGUGUUUGCCCGUGGUCGUAGUGCUGCCCCCUGCGUCAUUUUCUUUGACGAGUUGGACUCCCUUGCUCCAAACCGUGGCCGCAGCGGUGAUUCCGGUGGAGUCAUGGACAGGGUGGUGUCGCAAUUGCUGGCUGAGAUGGAUGGACUCAAUAAAUCUGCCGAUGUCUUCGUUAUCGGAGCAACAAAUAGGCCAGAUCUCCUCGAUCCAGCUAUCCUGAGACCUGGGAGGUUUGACCGACUUCUGUACGUCGGAAUUCCAGAGGACAAGAUAUCCCAACUAAAGAUAUUGAAGGCUCUUACUAGAAAGUUUAAUCUGUCGAAGGAUCUGGACCUGGAGGAGGUGGUUCAGAAAUGUCCUCCAAACCUGACGGGGGCUGACUUGUAUUCGCUCUGUUCGGGAGCCAUGGCGAAUGCCACACGGAAGCAUAUUGAGCUGUUGGAAGCGGGAGUAGCAGAGCCGUCGAGUGGCGACAUCCAGAUCGACCACGAGGACUUUGAGGUGGCCCUAUCUCUCCUGGCACCGUCGGUGUCUGUUGCUGAACUGGAACGCUACAAAGAAAUUCGCCAGAAAAUGUCCCCAUAGACCGCUGUAUAUUGCAGUUGCAUUCCUUUUCAUUCUACCUUUUGGAUAGAAAUGAGGUACAAGAUGACGAGCAUAAAUGCUUCAAUUAUUGGUGCACACAUAACGAUGAAAAAAAAAAAAACUAUGCAUAGCGCGACGGAAUGUAUUUGUCUUAUUUGUUCUGAACAUACAAACAACACAAGCCACAAGGUGCCUAAUAACAUUAACAAUUCUUGGUUUCAAAUAUGGCAGGAGUCGAAAAAGCUAGAUGGUGGUGGGAAUCGAUACCCUCAGCUGUAUGGGUUUCUCGACGACUGCCAUAUUUCAACCAUGCGUAGCAUUUUCCGAUUUCAUGUCAACACAGGGUGUUUCCAAUGCAGGCAUACAAUGUUACUCAACGGGGAAUAAUUGUAUUCCUGGUCUGUACUUACGCGCUCAUAUGAUGAUGCUCCAUGCUGGGAGAGGAGAAAGCCAAGUACAGAUGACUGCCAUUUUGACCAAUUAAUAUUUAUUGACUGUACUUUCAGUUUUUUUUUGUUUUGUUUUUUAUUGCGAGCUUUUAGUCUACUACUUGGUGUGUGUUCACUGCACAAUGUCAACUUGUGCCCUGUGAGUAUGAAUAUCUCCUAAAAAUAAUACCCUGCUGAUCAAAAUGCAAAUACAAAUGUAAAGAUGAUGUUGAUGGGAUUUAAUCCCGUUACCAGUUUACUAUAUUUGUACAAUAAACAGCUCUGCUCAAACACUUCAAAUUAUUCUGGCUAUG